GUGGCAGAAAAGUUAGCCAAUACAUAGAGAACAGUAAGAUUUAGGUUGCGCAAGACCAUGGCUUUUUUUUUAGUCGUGGUUUGGCCAAUGAGAGAAUGAGCAACAACCGUACACAGACCUCUGAGGCGGGUCUUGUGCGGAUUUGGGUUUGUGAAGGAGCGAGGUUCAGUCCAGUUUCUCAAGAAUAUUCUGGAGCCGUGGUUGUAUUGAUACUGUCACUUCAGAAUGAAGGGUCUUUACUGUCUGUUGAGCGAGUCUGCAGAAGAUGUGAAGUUUGUCAUCCAAGAAACAGAACCUCCUCCUGCAGUAAGUGACCAUUAUGUCAAAGUACAGAUCAAAGCCUGUGCCCUAAGUCCACUGGAUACAAAGCUCCUGGCAGACCUUAAGUUACAAAAAGAUGUAGUGCCGGUUGGAAGAGAAAUUGCUGGAGUCGUCCUUGAAGUGGGACCAAAGGUAACCUUCUUUCAACCGGACGAAGAGGUAGUUGGAAUCUUACCUCUGGAUGCUGAAGUUUCUGGUCUGUGUGAUGUGGUUUUGGUCCAAGAGCAUCAUUUAGUGCCUAAGCCAGAAAAGGUGAGCUGGGUGGAGGCUGCUGGUACCAUCCGUGAUGGAGUUCGCUCCUAUACAGCCCUGCAUGUCUUGUCUCGCAUCACCGCAGGCAACACUGUCUUAGUGCUGGAUGGAGCAAGUCCAUUUGGUACAAUAGCUGUACAGCUGGCUCAUCACAGAGGUGCCAGGGUGCUGUCUACUGCCCUGUGCCUUGAAGACAUGCAUCACCUGGAGCAGCUGAGACCUACAGUAGGCAUCCGGGAAUCUUUAGUGGUCAGGGUAAUUAACAUGUCGGAUGGGAAAGCUGACCUUGUGGAAAGCUGCUUGGAGGAAACAGGGGGCCUGGGAGUGGACAUUGUCAUUGACGCCGGAGUAAGGCUCUACAGCACAGAAGAUGAAUCAACUUCAAAGAAGCUCCUGCCACACAAACAUGACAUCAUCACACUUUUGGCUGUCGGUGGUCACUGGGUCACUACAGAGGAAAACCUGCAGCUGGACCCUCCGGACAGCCGUAGCCUCUUCCUGAAAGGAGCCACAGUGUCUUUCCUGAAUGACGAGGUGUGGAACAUGUCAAGCGCUCAUCAGGGAAAGUAUCUCCAUAUUAUGAAGGAUGUGAUUGAAAAGCUAUCCAGUGGGAUCUUCAGGCCACAGUUGGACAAUCCUGUUCCUUUAUAUGAAGCUACUGUUUCUAUGGAAAUGGUUCAGAAGAAACAAGUCCGAAAGAGACAUGUUAUUCAACUGUGAAGCCUUGGUUUCAGUGAAUAUCAGUGGUAACGUGCAUUUGUUCCACUGGAUCCAAAAUGCCUGUACAAGCCAUCUCUCGUUUUUUAAGUCCUUGUGUUUGUAACAUGUGUAAAGAGUGUGCAUUUACAAACAAAACAAUCAUUCUUUGCAGUAUUGUACAUAUUGUAGUGUUGCCUUUUAGAGUGGUCCAACGUAGCACAGAAGUACACCUGGCUAAAUUGGUAUUUUAUCAUUUUGAUGUUGUUUUAUAAGUUAUUAAAAAAAAAGGUUAAAAACAUAAUACAGUAAUGAUCAAUACGUUGUUGGAGAUAAUCAUAACUGUACAUAGUGUACGCAUUACAGAUUUAUACUAUUAAGUGUUUUAAGAAUAUUCAGUUUCUUUAUCGUUGCUGAGAAUUUUUUUUUUCACUCCAGUACCUAGUCUAUACAUUCCAAUGUUCAAAGUUUAGAUCUAAUGAAUUGAAAUGCUUUCAGUGUUUUCAGACAUGUAAUAAAGUAUGAAUAAUCACCUCUUCA